UGCUGAAGUAUGGCGAUGUGCAUAUGCACAGCAUAUGUUGCACAAAAGCUACUUGAGGACACAUGCGUAUCGAUAAGAGGUGCCGGCAGGAUAGAUAUCGAUAAGUGUGUUUUCGAAGCUCUCCAUUUGCUGUCUUGGCUAGGGAAAACCAAUCCAUGUCCAACGGCCUGUCAUCUCCUCACCACAGUUACCCGGGCGAAGCACCUCUCAACUCCCCCGUCAACCUCCUAAGGCGCCCAAGGCUCGCACCGGCGCAAACGAGAUAGAAUUUCUCGAGACCGCUGUUGCCGUCGGAUUGACAGCACAGCAAUGGCGGAUCCGCUGUUGACCUCCCUCUGCACCAUCUGCCGCAUCCAACCGCCCAAGUACAGGUGCCCACGAUGCGGGACGAGAACGUGCUCCCUCGUAUGCGUGUCGAAGCACAAGAAGUGGUCGUCAUGCAACGGGGAGCGCGACCCAACUGUUUACAUUCCGCGGGAGAAGUUGAAGACGGAUGCCGGUAUCGAUCACGACUACAACUUUUUAACCAAGAUCGAGAGGGCUGUGGAACGGGCCGAGAGGAUCCUCAGGGAGGAUAGGGAAAUACUGCCGCAGGAUGACACCACCUCGCGACCGCCGCCCAACAAGAGGGCCCGCCUCCACAAGGGUCGAAGCAGAGGGAGGGUCACGUUCGACGAGAAUGCGCGGAGGUGGGACAGGAAUUCGAUACAGCGCACGAGGCAGCUGGGCAUCCACGUCUCGUCCGUCCCCUACGGGAUGGCGCGAGCGAAGGAAAACAAGACUAGCUGGAACAAGCGCAAGCGGUCCAUCAACUGGCAGGUCGAAUGGCUCGAGUGGAAGGGGGUCGCCCCCACCGCAGGGCAAGGCGACCUGCAGCCGUCGAGGACGUUGCAUAAGCUGCUGGACGAGGUACCGCUCUGCGUUGGGUUCGCAGAGGGCCGAGAGCACUGUCGCCAGCGGCAGCUUAGCGACGAAGGACGUGCGCGCGACAAGCGGAUGAGGGCGCUGGAGGCGCGGAAGCGUUCUACCGGAGGCGGUCAAGACGUGGCCACGACUGCUUGGAGUGGGCAGGACUAUGCAUUGCAAGACCCGGGAACGGCCGCGUGGGACAAGGUGGUAUCGGGGCUGCAUACGACCGAGGCGCUGAGGGACAGGUGGCGCUUCUUCUUUCUCAAACCCAGGACGCCUUCGAGAGAAGCGCAGAAGCUCAUACCCUUACGGCCAACCGACCCAUUGGCGGUUGCCCUGUCCGGCCUCGACGUCGUGGAAUUUCCCACGAUCUGCGUGCUGCCAGCUGGCUCCACAUCCAUCCCCGACGGCUACGUUGUCGAAAGCAGGCCCGCCGAGAAGCCCGACAACAAGCGACAGGGCUCGAGCCUGGUGGAAUCUUCUAGCGAGAAGGAGGACGGAGCGACGAGCGAGGGCCCCGAUCACGACGAGGGGGAAGUCGAGGAAGAUACGACAAGCAGCAGCGGCACCGAGUCGGAUCUGUCUGACACGUGAACUACCUAGGUGACCGAUUUUCUUAAAUUUUUUUUUUUUUUUUUUUUUUUUUUUCAUGGUUAGGACUUUGGGUGUGUGUGGGUGCUAAUUAGAUGUCACCUUCGCCACAACGGUAC